ACAGAUCCCAUGACGGUGAUAGUUAAUGGGCGGCAGGGCGGGCCGCUCGGCACCGACUGUGUGCUAAACGGUGGGGUGGAGUGUCCACCCCCUCGGAGAGCGAUGGCAAGGGCAAGCGGGUGUGGGCGGGCCUGCCCCUUUUGCCCCGUUUCCCGGCAGCCUCGGGGGGCGGCCUAAGGACCGGCCUUCGACCUUGAGGUUGGCACCAUGGGCGCCCCCGGGCCCGGCGCCCCUCCCGACCUCUAUCGCGACACCUGGCUGCGAUAUUUAGGUUAUGCCAACGAGGUGGGUGAGGCUUUCCGUGCUCACGUGCCUUCCUCGGUGGUGUGGGCGAGUUACGCAGUGUCCAGCGGCUACGUGGUGGCCGAUGCCAUUGACAAAGGCAAGAAGGCAACAUCUUCUCCAGCGACCCCCUCCAGGAAGACCACGCAGACGGCAGUGGCCGUGUUCGACACCUUUGUGUGGCAGGCACUCGCCUCCGUGGCCAUCCCGGGCUUCACCAUCAACCGCGUCUGUGCCGCCUGCCACUACCUCCUGGGUGCCGCCACCCGCUUGCCCCUGACUACCCGCAAGUGGACGACCACAACCUUGGGCUUGCUGGUCAUUCCUGUAAUCAUCCAUCCUAUCGACAAGUCAGUGGAUUUUCUGCUGGACAACAGCCUCCGUAAACUCUACCCUACUCAGGAGAAGCCCAGCUCCGCCUGAUGCAGUGGCCACCCGCGCUGGGGCGGACCCCCGCUCAGCACAACUCCCCCGCAUGCAUGUUGCCCUUCAUCGGCUUCAGAAACACGAGUGUUUGGUAGCAGGGAGGGAGAGAUCCCCUGGUCCAGGAACCCCGCUGCGGAAAGGCCGUGAGGAGCGGGGCCUGCUCGGCCGGGAUCAGCCCCGGGACGGCUGAGGGGACUGGGAGGGGGAGAGGACAAGGAGGAGGUGGAGGAAAGGGAGAGCUCAGGGAGAAUUCUUGGUCCUUUUAGGACUCUUGGGGAAGUGCAAUCAGAGCCAGGCAGGGUUGCUUCUGCACCACAUGGGGGGCAGAUUUCUAAGCUGGGCCAUCCUCCCAGAUGCCACGUGGAGAACAGCAGCAGGAACCGCAGUCUGCAUUUCACCCAUCGGGCUGAAGAUACGCGAGGCCUCGCCUCUUACCGUGUCCCAAUAAAGCUAUUUUCUGAGCAUCUGA